CUCUCUGUUUCUGUAGAUGACCUUAGCAGAGUGUUUUGCAGAAUGCAUUUUAAGGUUGAGGUUCAGGACGAUCUGACAGCUUCAGAUAUGAAGGAAAUGAUAAAGCAAUUUGCAAAAAAGGAUCAUACUCAAAUGGGUGCUUUUGUCUGCUGUGUCCUCUCGCAUGGAGAAAAGGGCAUAGUUUUGGGUGUGGAUGGUAAAGAGGUUGAAAUCCGUGAACUCACAAUGCCUAUUGCUGAAUGCCGUACACUAGCAUCCAAGCCCAAGCUUUUCUUCAUUCAAGCCUGCCAAGGAAGUGAGGCCCAGAAUGGUGUUUGGACAGCGGAUUCACUGGAAAAUGCUACAGAAGGAGAAGAAUACGACGCAGAUGCUUAUAAUCCGGCAUCCCGCUUUAUUCCUAUAGAAGCGGAUAUGCUAAUCGGAAUGGCCACAGUAGAGCACUACCAGUCCUUCCGCCACACUAGAGAGGGGUCUAUCUAUAUCCAGGAGCUCUGUAAUCAGUUGGAGAUAUUAUGCCCCAGAAGAGAAGAUAUCUUGUCCAUCCUGAAAAAGGUAAACCAUGAAGUGAGCAUGAGAAUAUUGAGUGGCCACAAACAGAUGCCUGAACCUCGAUAUACCCUCACCAAGAAGCUGGUCCUGCCCAUGGACUAAAGAUUCUUAUUGACUUCUGUAAGACUGGAUUCAUGCUAAUGAAGUUUCCGUUAUUCCAUUACUCAGACUCUAUUAAUUCUUCAGGGUGGAUCAAGGCACUUUGGUACUAUAGAUUAAAAUUGAUCUGGCUGUCUCUGUGAGUUUGAUCUUAAUUAUUAAGUUUACUGCACUGAGUUACGGAAAUGUGGUUGUGUGAUCUUGUUUAAACAAUUUAAAAGUAAUAAAACAUUUAUAUUUGAUACUGGGCACAGCUAUUUUUAAACUGUUAAGCAUGAUGAUUUUAUACCAGCAGUCUAAAUGAUUUAGUUUUGAAUGCUGUUUGUAAAUGCUUAUUUUUGCCAUUAAUGUCUUCCUUGGCAAUCUAAAAUGUGUUAAGAAAUGUUUAACUCUUUAAAGACUUAGCAAUUGUAAGAAAUCAUUGAUGUCUAGAAAUGAGUGAAAUUAAACAUCAAACAUUCUUAAAAGUGUCAUUUUUUAA